CACAUGUGUAGCAACAUCACGUCCACUGAAAACAAGUGAAAGAAUUUAAUGAUAUUGCCGAAUAAUGUCGACUAAUAAAUAAUGUCCGAAGCUGCUGUGGAGGAACUUUCUGUGUUAUCUUCCAUUUACUGCGGAGAGGGAGAGUGUCAGCUCGUGCAGCAGUCUGCUCAGGAUGGGCUGGUGGUCCAGAUUAAAAGCACCGUCGGAGGAGAGAGGCGGCUGGACGUGAGUCUUCUGUUCCAUCUGCACGCCGGCUACCCCUCCCGCCCCCCCGACGUCUCCGUCUCUUCCACUCGUCUUUCCAGGACUCAGUGUCACGGCGUCAGACAGAAGCUUCUCCGUCAAGCUGCGGCGCUCCCAUCAGAGCCGAUGGUGCAUCAGCUGGUGGAGUGGUUACAGAGUGUGGAGGUGACGGAGGAAUGCAGAGGAGGCGAGCAGGGGGUGAACGUGACGGACCAGGGGGAGGCGUGGACGGCGGUGCUUUCUCUGGACCACAUCCGCUCUCGAAACCGUUACGUCGGCCUGCUGGAGCGCUGGAGCCAGCAGCUGCAGCUCACUGGGAGAGUGUUACUGGGACGCAGUAUACUCGUGAUUCUGCAGGGAGAGAGAGCCAACAUCAAGGAGUUUUGUCGCCUCUUAAAGACGGUGAAGGUGGACGUGGAUUCUUCAGGCAAGAAAUGCAAAGAGAGGAUGAUGAAGGUUCUCAUUGAGACUCCUGCGUCUUCUUCCUCUGGACAUGGGCUUCAGGGUUUCGUUGUCAGCAGCUACCAGUCAGCACCAGAGCUGACUGCAGCCUUCCAGGAAUUACACCUCACCGAGCUCUACCAACAAAUACUUCCAUCUAUAAGCGACUGACAGCACACAGGUGUUCACAAAGUGAUUCUACGAACAGUUGGGCUCGGAGGCUUUGGGGGACUCAUGAUUCGAAUUCUUGGUUUCACGAUUUGAUUGAGAAUUCUGGAUUCAUGAUUCAAAAUCUAUUUCUGAAUUUGUACAUACUUCAGGAGCGCUGUGAUUGACUGGCCAACAUACAGUCCGGGGUGUAACCCCGCCUCUCGGGGGAUAUCGGCUCCAGCUUUCCCGCGACCCCGAACGGUAAAAAGCGGUCAAGAUAAUGGACUUACUUCAGGAUCUCCUCCAGUCAUCUGUGAGACUGAAUUUAUUGCUGCUCCGUUUGAGUUAAAGAGCGAGCAUUAGCACUUAAGAGGGAGUGACUGUUUAGCCCCCCUAAAAAAUGGAGUUUUUGGAAGUUAUGCAUCUGUUUAAAAUCUCAGAAGAUAAGAAUCUUGAUUUUUACUCAAACCUCUAACGAACAGUGGCAUCAGCUCAACAGCAGACACAGAAAAACAGGAAGAAAUGUCAUCAUUGAAGAUGUGAAUUCUGAUACUUGAUUGAAUCAUUCAUUCAGUACAGGGUUUUGGAAUUCAACAUCUUGGCUCCAUCUAGUGGUUAAAUCAAGGCUAACACUGGAAGACUUCAAAUCACAAUGGGAACUCAAUAGACUUUCUCUUUCUCUCUUUUUUAAGUUAUUUGUCCUUCUUACCUGAAAUCCAACAAGAGAGGAGUUCAGGCAACAGUCAUACAAAGUGAAACAUCUCUGAUUGAGAGGCGUCCUCUUUGUAUUUCAUUAGAGCGAUGUGAUUGUGUUGUUAAACCUUGCUGCUGAGCCUCCUGCCCCUCUCCUGCUGAUGGAAUCGAGACAUCCAUAAAGGUGACGUGCUGAGAAAGAUUUACAGGACACAGGCAGGAGGAGAGUGGAGACGUGGAGGCCCAAAGAAGAGGAAGCAGAA